AACAUUCUAUUUUCCGAAAAAAAUCUUUAACAUAGCGUGUUGUUUCUUGGUAGAUCGUCAGUCUGUUUAGUCGAACCGCAGCAUUCGCUCCAACGACGUCAGCUGCUCGGACAACAGUAGAGAGUUUAAUUUGUUUCUUUUCCCGAAGUUUUUUUAAUCCCUAACCAUAACCAUGUCCGACGAUGAGGAGUACACCAGUUCCGAAGAGGAGGAGGAGGUUGUCGAGGAGGUCAAAGAAAAACCACCUCAGACACCAGCCGAAGGUGAGGGUGAUCCAGAGUUCAUCAAACGCCAGGACCAAAAGCGUUCCGACCUCGAUGAACAAUUGAAGGAAUACAUCACCGAAUGGCGCAAACAGAGAGCCAAGGAAGAAGAUGAGUUGAAGAAACUCAAGGAGAAGCAAGCCAAGCGCAAGAUCUCUCGCGCCGAAGAAGAGCAAAAGAUGGCUCAACGCAAGAAGGAAGAAGAGGAACGCCGCGUUCGCGAAGUUGAAGAAAAGAAACAACGCGAAAUCGAAGAGAAGCGUCAACGCCUCGAAGAAGCCGAGAAGAAGCGCCAAGCCAUGCUCCAAGCCAUGAAGGACAAGGACAAGAAGGGCCCCAACUUCACCAUCGCCAAGAAGGACACAGGCGUGUUGGGUCUCUCCUCCGCUGCCAUGGAGCGUAACAAGACUAAGGAACAACUCGAGGAAGAGAAGAAGAUCUCCCUGUCGUUCCGUAUCAAGCCUCUUGCCAUCGAAGGCUUGAGCGAGGAUAAAUUGCGCGAGAAGGCCCAAGAAUUGUGGGAACUCAUCGUCAAAUUGGAAACUGAGAAGUAUGACUUGGAAGAAAGGCAGAAACGUCAGGAUUACGAUUUGAAAGAAUUGAAGGAAAGACAGAAACAACAGCUCAGGCACAAAGCCUUGAAGAAGGGUCUCGACCCCGAAGCUUUGACUGGCAAAUACCCGCCCAAGAUUCAAGUUGCCUCCAAAUACGAAAGACGUGUAGAUACCCGCUCUUACGACGACAAGAAGAAGCUCUUCGAAGGUGGCUGGGAAGAACUCGGCAAGGAGGUCAAUGAAAAGAUCUGGAACGAAAAGAAGGAUCAAUAUACCGGCCGUCAAAAGUCCAAAUUGCCCAAGUGGUUCGGCGAAAGACCCGGCAAGAAGGCUGGCGAGCCCGAAACACCCGAAGGCGAGGAAGAUGCCAAGGCUGAUGAUGAAAUCGCUGAGGAAGAUGAAGAAGUCGAGGAGGAGGUCGUCGAAGAGGAGGAAGAAGAAGAGGAGGAGGAAGAAGAGGAGGAGGAAGAAGAAGAGGAGGAAGAAGAAGAAGAGGAGGAAGAAGAAGAGGAGGAAGAGGAAGAAGAGGAGGAGGAAGAAGAGGAAGAAUAAAUUAAUUUAACUACAUUUAAUAAAAAUAAAAACCACCAAAACAAUAUAGUUAUUAUUAGCUUAUUCUACCGCUAUCUACCGAUAACAGCCACAAAAACCAAAGAUUUUUUAAUACCAACAAUUUAUAGAAAAAGAAAAUAAAAAAUGAAUGAAACCACAAGAACAUUUCUCCAAAUAAACAUGAAAACAUAUAUCGUAUGAAAACAAACAACAACAUCUUUUCAUAAUCACGAUUCUAUGUAAGGCGUUUUCAAUCGCGCACUCUCUCUCUCUCUCUCUCUCACUCACACUCUUUAUAUAUCUUUCUCGUGUUUACAUACAUGCCCACACGCGCUCUCUCUCUCCCCUGUUUAUAUCUUAAAAAAGAACUAAAUCUGCCUAUAUUCUUAGUAUCAAAUUACGCAUUACUCACCCAAAACUCAUACGCACACAUGCCCACCUAGCACACACAUACUCUCUCUCUCUCGUUUCGUAUUUGAAUUAUGUAAACUUUUAUUUGUAAUUUUAAAUAAAAAAAAAACAAAUUUUUACUACGAACAUCAUUGAAAACUCGUAUAUCGUAUAAAAUCUGGAUAUUCCAUAAUCAGAAUGGUCCACAAAAACACACGUCGUCCACGAACACGACCACCAACAGCAUCGCCAGAUACACUCUCACUCUCGUCCGAUUUAUAUUCCCAUUUUAUUUAAGAUUGAUUUAGUUUCGUUAUUUACAAUUAAAUGAUGAGUUUAAUUUUGCUUGAAUUACAAAAAUAUUUGAAUAAAACAAAGAGACUUUUGAAACGA